GAGCCGGCUCUUAUCGUUCACUUAAAAGAGCCGGCUCUUAGAACCGGCUCGUUAGCGACGACACAUCACUAGACGUCAUUACAGAGCAGCUGGCUGUUUCUCCUGUGUAAACACAGCCCCAGCAUGAGGAGGAGGCAUGGACGGUCACAAUGCAACCAAAGUGGUCCUGCUGUCCUGCGGGUCCUUCAACCCCAUCACCAACAUGCACCUGAGGAUGUUUGAACUGGCUCGAGAUCAUCUGGAAGACACAGGUCAGUACAGGGUGGUGAAAGGCAUCAUCUCUCCGGUGGGCGAUGCCUAUAAGAAGAAGGGUUUGAUUGAUUCCAGCCACCGCCUGGAGAUGGCCAGGUUGUCCACAGAGGACUCAGACUGGAUCACAGUGGAUUCCUGGGAAACCUUGCAGCCAGAGUGGGUGGAGACGGCCAAAGUUGUUCGGCAUCACUAUGACGAGCUGCUUGCAGCAGAGCAGAACAACGAUGAUGUGGACACGGUCAAGUACGCAAAAAAGAGACGCAUAGCGGAGAAUUAUCUUCAGGGUUCGUCUCAUCACAAAAGGAGAGACGGCCCUCAGCUGAUGUUGCUGUGCGGGGCCGAUGUCCUGGAGUCCUUCGGGGUCCCCAACCUGUGGAAGCAGGACGACAUCGCCGAGAUCGUGGGCCGCUACGGUUUGGUUUGCAUCACCCGCAGCGGCAGCGACCCCCACAAGUUCAUCCACCAGUCAGACGCGCUGUGGAAGCACCGCAAGAAAAUCCACUUGGUCCACGAGUGGGUGACCAACGAGAUCUCGGCCACCCACGUGCGCCGGUCGCUGCGUCGAGGCCGCAGCGUCAGGUACCUGCUGCCGGAGAGCGUGGUCCGUUACAUUCAAGAGCACGGCCUCUACAGCGCCGAGAGCGAGCAGAAAAACGCAGACGUGGUUUUAGCACCGCUUCAGAGAUACACGGGGGCCUCCUCGAGUUGAGGCAAUUCCUGCUGCAGAUACGGAGAUGUGAGCUGUGUGUUCACUGUGAAACUAGUCAGAUUUGAUUUAAGCUCCCACCAGUGCCUUCUAUGCAGAAUAGCCUUUUCUAGUAAUGGGUGCGUUUUUUAAGAAGAUAAAUCUGCAAAACUUUACUGAGUGAAGUGAUUUAGUAACAAUUGAAUUAGCUUGUGUGUGUGGAAAAGUACAAUAGUCAAAAACAUUAUAACUAAGCCAGCAACUUUUUCAAGUCAAGGAGCCCUAAACUGAC